AUGAAGCUCGCUUACCCCACGGGGAGCGACAUUUUCGCCCUCCACAACUCCCUGCUUGCUGUGAAGAUUGCACGACACUCGCCAUGCGCGGUGUGCUCAAGCAGCUGUCAGGGAAUGCACCCGCCCAAAGGUGUGCGAAUCGUCAUGGACGUCCAGGACGAGUCUUCUGGCGUGGACGACUACUCGCACCUAUUCAACGAAUCGGACGACGAAGACGACGGAAUACCUGCCUCGGGUUACCUGGAGAUCUGUGCAUGCGGUCAUGAUUGUAAAUCACACCACGCGGAUGAGGAUGAGCUUGGAAAGAGGGAGUUCAAGCGGAGAGCUGCUCUUGCCAUCCGUAUGGAUGAAUUGCUCAAGGACUCUGGACGAUUGCUGGACUUUGAAUAUACCGAUGAUGACAUUAACAACCUCCGGAAGCAAAUGGUCAUACCCUACAAACGGGAGUCUAUUUCGCCAGGCAAGCGCCUCCCCAUUGACCCAGUCUCAACAGCUCACAUCACAUACGCAGAACGUCGGCAGAGCGUUCCACUUUCGUCCCCUGCAUCAUCAUCCCUCAGCGAACUCGAUCCUUCAUCUGCACUGUCAGGUAGGAAACGGCGAGCCUCAACAUCAUCUCUAAGUGAAGCAGUAGACGACCCCGACCCAGAGGAGAACGAAGACGAUGACUCCGAUGAAGAGGAAGACAAACCACUAGCAUCACGGUUACUGGGAGCAAACGCUCCCGGAAGAUCUGUACUGGGGAAAGCAAAGCGUACCACACCUUCCAAGCGAAGUAGGAGCGGCAAGGCUGGCGGAAAGAAGGCUAAGAGGGUGCAUACCAUUGCUAGCGACGAUGAUGACGACGAGGACGACGAUAAGCCACAUGGGCAAGUAAAUGGCGUCAACGGACACAAGAAGGUCAAGGAGGAGAAAGCUGAGGCUGCGGUCCUAGCAGAUGCAACGGCCGCACGACCCGUUGUACCAACAGGACAAAGGGCUGAGAAAAUAUCAUCCGUGGAACUCCGUCGAGGCGUCAUCCAGGUCGUCCCGGUGAAACAGGACGGUGAACCUCGCUCGUUGAUCAUUCUGACCGGGUUGAAGACGCUCUUCCAAAAACAACUACCAGUAAUGCCGCGAGAAUACAUCUCUCGGUUAGUAUACGAUGACAACUCGCGGUCACUCGCUAUCAUCAAGCGAGGCUACAAAGUAGUGGGAGGGAUCUGUUUUCGACCGUUUCCUCAUCGAGGAUUCGCGGAAAUCGUGUUUUUUGCAACCAACUCAGCGGAUCAAGAAAAGGGAUACGGAGGCAUGUUGAUGGAUUACUUCAAAGCCCACAUCCGAAAAGAAUACCCCGACAUGAACCAUUUCCUCACCUAUGCCGACAACUACGCCGUCGGCUACUUCGAGAAACAAGGUUUUACCAAAGAAAUCACCCUUGACAAAUCCGUUUGGGCGGGUUAUAUCAAGGACUACGAGGGUGGUACGAUCAUGCAAUGCACGAUGAUACCCAAGGUGGACUACUUGGAGAAGAAGCGAAUAUUUAACGAGCAGCAUGAUGCUAUUUUGGAGAAGAUCAGGCAGAUGUCGAGAGCGCACAUUGUGUACCCUGGGUUGCCGCAGUUUCAGCCUGGUCAGCCUGAGGGUGUCACCGUGGAUCCGAGAGAUGUACCGGGACUGAGAGAAUCGGGGUGGACACCGGAGAUGGAUAAAGAGCUACGGAAUCUCAAGAGCCCAGAUCACCAUCUUAUGGAGAAGACACUGGCCACGUUACGAGCCGACAGCCAUGCCUGGCCUUUCCAAACCCCGGUUACAAUCGAAGCAGUCCCGGAUUACUUCGACGUUAUCAAGCAUCCAAUGGGUAAGCAUGACACACCUCUCACGUUCUCAUCAUGCUUACCGCCGACAUAG